AUGAGCUUGCUAUCAUCACUUGUUGCUGUCCUGAUGAUCGCUCUUGUGAGCGCCGGCGAUGAGGCCGCGUUGCUUGCUUUCAAAGCGCAGGUCAGCGACGGCGGAUCGCUGGCAUCCUGGAACAACAGUGUUGUCUACUGUAGCUGGGAAGGCGUGGCGUGCAGCCACCGGAGGAGGCCGGCGCGGGUGGUGGCGCUCAGAUUGAACGGCACCGGCCUCACCGGAUCGCUCUCCCCAGACCUUGGGAACCUCACGUUCCUGAGGACGCUCAACCUGAGCUUCAACCAGCUGAAAGGGGAGAUCCCCGCGAGCCUCGGUCGCCUCCACCGCCUGCAGAAACUCUACUUGAACGACAACUCCUUCUCCGGCACAAUCCCUGCGAACCUGAGCUCCUGUGUCGGCAUGAAAAUAAUGGAACUUCAUCACAACAAGCUUUGGGGGCGCAUCCCGCCUGAGCUCGGCGAAAAACUCGUCUUCUUGACUGAAAUCUCGCUCAGGGACAACAGCUUCACAGGGCCCAUCCCGGCAUCGCUGGCCAACAUGUCCUAUCUACAAUUCCUGGAUCUCUCCCAUAACCAGCUCAUGGGCUCAAUCCCACCAGGGAUAGGCAGCAUGCAGAGCAUGCAGACAUUACUACUGUCCACAAACAACAUCUCUGGUAUGCUUCCACCUUCUCUCUACAACUUGUCUUCACUGGAAUCUCUUUGGAUCGGGCGCAAUAGCCUAUAUGGAAGCAUUCUGAAUGAUAUCGGCCGCAAGUUUCCCAAGAUGAAAGGUCUUGGCUUGAGUUAUAAUCACUUCACAGGAACCAUUCCCUCCUCAAUAUCCAAUCUAUCUUCCCUCAUAGAUCUUUUCCUCGAUAAGAACAGAUUUAGUGGGUAUGUGCCUCCCACUUUCGGAAGGCUAGGAGCUCUCCAAUCUAUGAACUUGGCUGGCAAUAAGCUUGAAGCAAAUGACAACAAGGGGUGGGAAUUCAUCACUUCUCUGGCAAACUGUAGCCAGCUAGAGAAACUGCAACUCGGAGGAGACUCUUUCGCAGGAAAACUACCUGGAUCGAUUGUGAACCUCUCUAGUACUCUCCAGGCCUUAUACUUAAUGGACAGUAGGGUCUCUGGAAGUAUUCCUGCAGACAUCGGCAAUUUGGUUGGUCUUAACAGGCUUGCAAUAGCAAAUACAUUCAUAUCUGGAGUGAUUCCAGACAGCAUUGGAAAGCUAGGAGACUUGGCUUUGCUAGCCUUGUACAACAAUAGCUUGUCUGGCCUCAUACCACCAUCUCUAGGAAAUCUUUCGCAGUUGAAUACCCUUUAUGCAUACUAUGGCAACUUGGAGGGACCAAUUCCAGCAAGCCUGGGGGAGUUGAAAAAACUUUUUGUACUCGAUCUGUCAACGAACUACAGGCUUAAUGGUUCAAUACCCAGAGAAAUUUUGAAAUUGCCGGGCCUUUCUUGGUACUUGGACUUGUCAUAUAAUUCCCUUUCUGGACCCAUUCCUAAUGAAGUUGGUAGCUUGGCAAAUCUUAACCAAUUGAUUCUAUCAGGAAACCAGUUGUCUGGCAAAAUACCCGACAGUAUUGAGAAUUGCAUAGUGUUGGUAUGGUUAUUAUUAGACAAUAACUCGUUCGAAGGAAGCAUACCUCAGUCACUGAAGAAUAUAAAGGGGCUCAGCAAACUGAACCUGACCAUGAAUAAGCUCUCUGGUAAUAUUCCUGAGGCCCUUGGCAGUAUUGGAAAUCUACAGGAACUGUACCUAGCACAUAACAACUUUUCAGGAUCAAUCCCCGCAGUUCUAAAGAAUUUGACAUCACUGUACAAAUUGGAUGUAUCCUGCAACAAUCUGCAAGGCGAGGUGCCAGAUGAAGGUGUUUUCAGAAACAUCACUUACUUAGCAGUUGGUGGGAAUAUCAAUUUGUGUGGUGGUACACCUCAACUUCACUUGGCUCCAUGCCCCACAAACCGCUCAAGCAAGAACAGAAAAAAGAUGCCAAAGCCUCUUGUAAUUUCUCUAGCAAUAGCUGGAGCAAUCUUGCUGUCACUGUCAAUUAUUCUUCUGGUUUGGAUACUUUGCAAGAAGCUCAUACCAAGCCAGAAUACAUUAGCAAAAAAUUCAAUUGCUGAUGACCAUUACAAGAGAAUCCCCUAUCAUGCAUUAUUGAGAGGAACUAAUGAAUUUUCAGAAGUCAACCUGCUUGGGAGAGGAAGUUAUGGUGUGGUUUAUAAGUGCGUUUUGGAAACUGAAGAAAGAACAUUGGCUGUCAAGGUGUUUAAUCUUGGCCAGUCCAGGUAUUCCAAGAGUUUUGAGGCUGAGUGUGAGGCCAUGAGAAGGAUACGACACCGUUGUCUUAUUAAGAUAAUUACUUCUUGUUCGAGCGUCAACCACCAAGGUCAAGAGUUCAAGGCAUUGGUUUUUGAGUUCAUGCCCAAUGGUAACUUGGAUGGUUGGCUUCAUCCAAAAUCUCAAGAGCAUACUAUAAACAACACGCUCGGUCUUGCCCAGAGGCUUGAUAUUGCUGUCGAUAUUGUGGACGCAGUAGAAUAUCUGCACAACUACUGUCAACCAUGUGUAAUCCAUUGCGAUCUUAAGCCAAGCAACAUUCUUCUUGCUGAAGACAUGAGCGCACGAGUUGGAGACUUCGGCAUAUCAAGGAUCCUUCAAGAAAAUACAAAUGAGGGGAUGCAAACUUCAUAUAGCUCAACUGGAAUUAGAGGUUCCAUAGGCUAUGUUGCUCCAGAGUACGGAGAAGGCUCUGCUGUCUCAACACCUGGUGAUAUUUAUAGCCUUGGCAUAUUGCUGCUUGAGAUGUUUACAGGAAGGAGCCCGACGGAAGGCACAUUCAGAGAUUCAUUGGAUCUGCAUAAGUUUGUCGAGGAUGCUCUUCCAGAUAGAACCUUGGAGAUAGCUGACCCAACGAUGUGGCUGCACAGACAACAACAUGAUAACACCACAAGUAUUAGAAUCCAGGAGUGCUUGGUUUCAGUUUUCAGGCUUGGCAUAUCCUGCUCGAAACAACAGCCUCGAGACCGAGCACUGACGAGAGAUGCAGCGGCAGAGAUGCAUGCAAUCAGAGAUGCAUACCUCAAGUGUGGGGUCUCACUUACCAGCACAGGAGGAGACCCAAGGCAGCUGCAGCAGGAGAGUGUGCAAUAUUAG